AAGUCAACGGAAGUUGCGGUUUCUGGCGAAGAAGAACUAAAAACAGAAGGAAAGUGUCUGAAGCUCAGCGCCGAACGUUUCUGUGGCAAAGUUACAGUUUAAUGUUGUGAAUGAAGAUGGACGCUGCGAUUGUGGAGAUAGACGGCAGCUUGAUGGAGGGAGGCGGGCAGAUCCUGAGAGUCUCCGCGGCGCUCAGCUGUGUGACCGGCUCCCCCAUCAAAGUUACCAAAAUCAGAGCCGGCAGGAGUACACCUGGUCUCCGACCACAGCACCUCAGUGGCCUGCAGCUGGUCUCAGAUCUGUGUUCUGGCAGUUUGCAGGGAGCCAGCAUCGGCUCCACAGACAUUAGUUUAACUCCAGGCAAAAUCCAGUCUGGGAACCACACUGCAGACACGCAGACAGCAGGGAGUGUGUGUCUGCUGCUGCAGGCAGCUUUACCCUGCGCAUUGUACUCAGACACUUCCACACAGUUCUGUCUGAAGGGAGGAACUAAUGCUGAGAUGGCUCCACAGAUCGACUACACUCUCAAGGUUUUUAAACCCAUCGUGGAGCGGUUUGGAGUCCAUUUUGACUGUGACCUUAGAAUGAGGGGCUACUAUCCAAAAGGUGGAGGGGAGGUGAUGGUGGCGGUGAAUCCAGUCAAAGAGCUACAGCCUGUUACCAUGACAGAAAGAGGCAACAUCACGAAGAUUCACGGCAAAGCGUUUGUCGCUGGCGUCCUGCCUUUUAAAUUGGCUAAAGACAUGUCAACUGCUGCUGUACGAACCAUCAGGAAGGAAAUUAAAGAGCUGUACAUCAACAUCCAACCACUGCAGGAGAAGGAAAAGGCCUGUGGUAAUGGCAAUGGCAUCAUAAUCAUUGCUGAGUCGUCCACAGGUUGCCUGUUUGCUGGUUCAGCUCUGGGAAAGAAAGGUGUCUAUGCUGAUAAAGUUGGAAUCGAAGCUGCUGAGAUGUUGCUGAGAAACAUCAGACACAACGGUUGCGUGGACGAGUUUCUGCAAGACCAGCUUAUCAUCUUUAUGGCGUUGGCAAAAGGAACUUCUCGGAUUCGCACUGGGGCAGUGACUCUGCACACACAGACGGCAAUCCACGUCUCAGAGAUGCUGACUCAGGCAAAAUUCACUAUAACAAAGUGCGAAGAAGGGCUGAGCAGUAAUGUCACUCACAUCAUUGAAUGUCAAGGGUCAGGAGCCACGAACCCCAACCUGUAGCCAAACCACCACCACUCUCUUCUGGACUUGGUAACUGCUCCUGUCUUGUCUGACCCUCCUAGUUUCUGUCUCUCAGGGUGUUUCCUGUAAUACUGUAAUAAAUAAACAAAUGAGUAAAUAAAAUCAUUUCCCAUAUUCA